AUUUUCAUAAAAUGGUUAAAUAUUUUAUUCACCUGAUUAUGCGAGCUUAAUAUCCCACAGGUACAAUAGCAAAGGCCAUUCAAUCUAUCUCUUCAAUGUUGAGAGUGCAUUGAAAGAAGAAUUAAUAUCUUUAUAUUUAAUAUGAACUCACAUUCUACCAUCCCUUUAAAACAAACUUUUAAUUUAGAUUAUCAAAAUAGCCAUUGUUCUGAUAUCCUUAACAGUUCAUAUCAGUCAAAUACCAACUAUAAAUCACAGACUGGUCCAAAUGACUAUAAUGAAUAUAACAACUUUGGUAACCUUAACCACAAUAAAAACAUUGCAAUUGACAGACAUAACAAUCAAAAUCCAUAUUAUUUGAUUAAACAUGACCAAAACAAUUUAAACUUUUAUGCCACAAGCAAUUCUACAUUUUCGAACUCAGUUAAUUCCAAAAAUUCUAUUUUUUCCAAUCAUCGAAGAUCACCAUCCAUUUCAAAAAAUAAAUCACCAAGCCAUCUUUCAGGCAGAACUCAAAGGGGUAGACCAUUCAAUGUGCCUGAUUGUUAUGUUGCCCUACCUAAGGGGAAAAAAUAUAUAGCUAUCAAUUUGCUCAAUCAACAAUCAAUCAUUCUUGUCAUCGAUGAUAAAUACACCGAUUGCCAAAGCGUUUUAGAAUACGCCUGUUCCCUCAUCGGCCUCAGUCAAUCCGAAUUUUUCGGAUUGGCUCAAUUAGUCUAUUUUGACUCAGGGAUGGAAUACAAAUUUUUAGAACCUGAGGACAGGAUAGCAUCAUCCAGAAGUCCCUCUUCGUCUUGGAUAAACGCGGCCACUAAAUCUUUCAGAUCAUUGAACAAGAAUGCUGGAAUGUACUGCAAAGAAUCUAAUCAUCCUCUCAUCAGACAACCAUCACUUCAACUUUAUCUAAGAGUCAAAUUCUAUACCGAAAAUCCUCAAAUUCUUAUAAAGGACAAAAUAGCACUCACUCAUUACUAUUUACAAAUGAAAGAAAAUGUACUGAAAGAUUGUCAAAUAUGGGAAGAAUCGAAAUGCUAUAUAUUAGCCGCCUACGCUCUCUUAAGCGAUUGCCAGGAAAGUCAAAAACCAAAUUUUACUCAAUUCGAUCCCUAUAAUUACCUACCCAAAUGGGUGGUCAAAUUGAGGGGUCUCACAUUCCCUUCUCAGCAUUUGCCUUCCAUCCUCGCUCAACUCUCGUCAUCGGAACCGCUACAAAAUAGUACGGCCCUGUCUAAUUUUAUAAUUAUGGCCUCGGGCUCUGGGUCACGUGAUAGGCACGAUUUACAUUACUACAAACUAUUCAAGAAGUCUAGUAGACGCCAAAUUGCGGAAAAGAUUGAUAAGAUUGACGACAACAAAAGGAGGGAACCGGGAGAGAGGGGCGCAGACUCCAAUGUUGUUUGGUUGGGCGUUUCAUCCUUAGGCAUUCAUUUUUACGAGGAUAAUGGUUCACUUCCACGAAUACUUUUAUCGACAUUCAAAUGGGGGGAUAUUGACAAGUUAUCUUUUGAUAAAGAUAAAUUUGAAAUCAAGCACAUCGACAAUUUCAAGAAAUUCUCUUAUUACACUGGGAACGAUGAAAGAUCAAAAUAUUUGCUCGAUUUAUGCAAGUCCACCCACAUAUUCAACCUUUCUAUCAAAAAAUUGACCAAGACGCUCUCGGCAUUAGAAAUAAAUAAAAAAUGCGCGAACUAUAACAAUCACGUCAGACCCGCGACUCCACUCUUAAACGGUAAAAUCGGUAACCUUAAUCACAUCAAACAUAUUUUAUCAAACCACUCAAACGCCGUCAAAAGUUCCCCGCCGCAAAAUAAAUCUCAUCUAAAUUCACCUGCUACGAAUAACGACUAUCAAAAUGGCGCAGCAAAAAUAAACGAAUUGUCUCCCAUAAACUCGCUCAAAAGUGAAGCCCACUUUUUAGUCCUUGAUUCGCCGCACGAUUCGCAAAAGUCUGAUAAUAUGAUAACUAUCACUAAACGUAGUGAAAAGUCUGACGCAUUUAAACUCGAAGACAUCGAUGAAAUAGAAAAUUUCGAGAAAAGCGAAACCAGCAAUUCCUCUUUCAUUAGCGCGAGCGAUAAUGAGGCCGAAAUUAUUAAAACGAAUAAAUCCGACACAUUUUUUCAAAAUAUCUGUUCUAAACAUAUCAAUGACAAUCUCGGAAAAACUAUUGAUGACGAUAGCAUAGUAGAAACGGUUAAAUUAAAUACCGAAACAAUAAAUCAUACAAAAUCCUCUCUAAUAAAUUUUAAUAAUGACACCUCACAAAUAUCCAUUGCUCCUCUUACAUGUUCUCCACUAUUAUCAAAUGCGCAUUCUCAGUCAAUAAACAUUCCUUUAAAUACACCCAUACCACCGUCAGACGCAAAAAAGGAGGCUCCAGCAAUACAUUACCAUCAUGCUCAAGGCUUGCACAAUAAAUACGUCAAAACCCCAACGCCUUACAAUAACAGCCCUUAUUUAAAUUUCAGUAAUACAAAAAAUUCUCAUUCAUUACAUUCCAAUUAUGAUUCAAAAUCUGCACAAUUUUCUAACGACUCCAAAAAGCAAUUUGAUCAUAUUACCAUGACCAACGAUGCUAAAAACGACGUAGCUCCCCUAUUCGCCAUGUACACCAAAAAAUUAGCGGAAAUUAAUGAUCAAUCACCACAAUUUCAUUCCCAAUAUCUCUGUAAUACGUCGAACGAAAACCGCCGCAUUAAGCAAAAGCCUCCUCCUCCAUCUUACACUGAGGCCAUUAUGUAUAAAAAAGGCUUGAUCAGCGAACAAACAGUCUUAAACGAGAUGGGUUUGAAAAAUGGGGAUAGCGGCUUUGAGUUUGAAAUAGACAGGGAAAAAAAUCCCCACCACACCAUGAUUAUCAACGAUGCUAAGAAUAGGCUUAAAGAAAUGAAUAAUCUUGUAGAUGUGAGGAUGAUGAAUGGUGGUGUAUUAUUUUCGGAUGAGAAGGAUACCAAAAAAGAUACUGCUGAUAGGGUGGUGGUUAAACAUAGCAAUCCAGCAUCGUGUAGUAGAAUCAAAUCUUUUUCGAGCCAUCACAAUACUAAUUCCACGGCUUUUGCCAUGACAAAAUGGUACUCGUCUACCGAUAUAAAUCACGAGGAAGAUAUCGAAAUUCUACUCAAUGAAAUAAAAUGUUUGAGAGAAUUACCGCCACUUAUGAAGGCCCUUUUUAAAGAAAAAUCUCUUUUUUAACAAUUUCGCGUCUUAUUAUGAUUGUUUUUUUUUAAUAAUAAAAAAACGGAAAAUAUUGUGAUACUAUUUUUUUAAUACCUUAUAUAACCUAUUUAUAAAUAUUAUAUAUUUUAAUUUACAGACUUUAUAUUUAUUAAU